AUGGAAUGUACCAUCUGUCUCGAGCCCAUCUCCGCGGCCUCCACGACAGGCCAUGUGCGCUGCGGCCACUGGUUCCACUUCGACUGUUUGCAUCUCUGGUCGCAGCGAAGUAGUUCGUGCCCCAUGUGUCGCCAGCAGUUUGACGAGCUGACCAAGAGAACCAUCUACGAGUCGGAGACGUCGCACACAGCGUCUUCAAUCCCCAUCUUUGGGCCAGUGAUCAAACGGAUUCCGUGCGUACGACGACCGGUGCCGCUGUCACCAGUGCCUCCAGAAGAAGCCAUGCGCCUUUACGAGUUUGUGUUCCAGCAGGACGACGCCGAAAUGGAGGACGUGGAGUGCGAACUCUGCGGUCAGAGCCCCUGUGUCUGUGGCAAUCAAGAGGAGCCCUCGUUUGCCCACCCUUCAACCACAACCCGAAGACGAGGACCUAACAGAAGCCCCGGCCGAAGUCGUGCCUCGAAUAUGCUAGGACGGCUCGGUCGACGUCAGAUGUCGCAGAACUCGCAGUCUCACCUGGUUUUCGACACCAGGCGACGCCGGACAACCUCGGCUGCAGGCGCACGGGGACUGACGCUCUCCUCCGACAAUUACUUUCUCAACGAUGACGACGAGGAAGUCGACCCUCUAACCACAAUCCCAACCGGACUGUCGUCCUCCCGAAUGCUCGACGACGAAGCCAUGGGCCGCAUCCAGGACAAUAUUGAGGAAACCAGAAACCUGGCUCGAGCAUCGCGAGCAUCUGUGGAGGAACGUGCAUGGCGGUUUCUGGACGAGUACCGCCGAGAAGAACGGCAACCCAACACUGGUCGACGCCGAUCGUCGCUGUUCAACGUCUUCAAUGCCGAUAACGAGGACGAAAGCCGCCCUUCUACUACCAACGAUACGCCCCGAACCAGUGUCCCCAGCUCUCACCACACCUCUGUGGCUACCUCAAUUUCAUCUGCAUCUGGCUCGUCUGUAUUCUCGGCCUUUUCCUCGAGAUCGUCAGCCUCGUCCUCCCGCAUGUCAUUGGCCUCGCAGCCGUGCUCUUCUCGACAAUCGAGUACGCCCAUGCUGUCGUCUCCAGUCACAUUUCGACGGCCUACCCCUCUGCCGUUCAGAAACCCGCUCGCCACCAACUCAUCUAACAGCACCAACGACAAUACGGCUGAAAGCGAAGUUCCCAGUCCUCGUAGCGGAAGCCCCAGAAACAGUCCUCCAGCUGAAGAGGAGACACAGCAACAGCAACCCCCAUCAGGCUCAGUCAGCCCAGCCACAGACGCCAUUUCGCACAUCCAUGUAAACUCUCCUGAGACCGCCACAGGCUCGUCCACAGCCGAAGGCCAAACCCCUCUAACCCACAACUCUGCUCAGAACUCGGCCGAGAGUGUCAGCAGCAGCGGUCAUUCGUUGUCGUACGAGAAAAAGAUGGAGAUCCGGAAGAUUGUCAAGACCCGGCUGCACAGAUACUACCCGGAUUUCAUUUCCAAGGAGCAGUUUACGGAAAUCAACAUGUCCGUGUGUGAUCGGGUCUACUCAUACAUUAAGGAGUCCGAGUCUCGUGAACCCUUCACUGCCCCACAAGCGGAAAAAUGGACCAAGGUUGUCCACCACCUUGUGAGUGCGGAUCUCGUGGCGCGAGAUUUGCUCGGAUAG